UCUCAAAUAAUUACUGAACAAUUGGAUCGAGAAAAGAAAAUUAUGAUGAACGCCGCCGUAAAGUGUAAUCCAAAAGUUCAGCAAGAUCAGGUCAAUCAAAAUGCCAACAAUCUUAUGCUUCUGCCAAAAUGUCUUGAAAUGAUUGGAGAUAAGGCUAAAAGUUCUGAGCUUCACGUUGCAUUUGAUGUUCCAACUAAUCAAACAACUUUUCAAUAUUCAAUAGUUUGGGAAGAUUCAAGUCCAGAUGCCGAUGAAAAGUAUCGAGUUUCAUGCACUGAGGCUAACAAAAUUAUGUUGGCACUCAAGGAGAAAAAUAUCAAGAAGACUAGCAAACUUAUGGGAUACAAAAUAACCAAUGAGAAAAGUCGUACAAACUCGUUGAGAGAGAAAGCGAGUGAAACAUUGAACAACGGACUCCCAUUUCCUCCAGAUCUUCGCAGCCGUUCUCAACAGUGUGAAGUGUCUGAAUCAAGAAGCUCUUCAGUUACUGCUUCUUCUUCCGCUCCAACAUCUACAACUUGCUAUGAUUCUGAACCGACGAAAUCGGACACAUCGAAAAAAUCAUCGAAGAAAUCUCGAAAAAGUAGCCGUUCUUCAAAGGUUCCACAUAGAAAGUUCAAGAACGUAGGAUCUUUGGAUGAAAACGGAUGUGUAAAUGUCAAAGUAGUUGUCAUCGAGAGACCAAUCAUCCGAGAUAAACUCAGACCGAUUGCUUUCAUUGACAGUGUAUUGUCUGCUCAUGUGAAGAGCAUUCUAAUCAAUGUCCUUCAUGAGAACUACGAAGGUCUACCAGCGGAACAACUGAUCAAAUCAACUAAUGUUCUUUUUGCUUUCCUUGAUAAGAACGGCGUACAGAAACUUCGACGUGUUCGGAAAAGUGACGUUGAUCACUAACAGUUUUACAAUUUACCAAAACUCCGUGGCAGUGUCGUUCUGGUUCUGGAUCUGAUUGGCUUUGUCGAAAAGGGGAAGAAGAUUCCAAUUCAAAUCGACAUGGAUGAAGAAUAAAACUUUGCCAUUUUAUUAAAACACCUGAUAAAUGAAUUAUAAGGCACAUUU